CUUAACUUCAGGCACUGUGACUCAGGCUCUGACAACCACCAGUACUACUUGUGACUGUCAAGCGCUUGCACUCCGUGGCUCACAAACAGCCUUUUUCUUACUCUCUACGCUUAUACAAGUGCACAUUCAAAGUUUUUAAACACCUCUUUGCCAUUGGUGACAAUGUCGGGUCGCCGACUCAUUCUAAUCGAUCAUCCCCAUGUGGUUUUCAAUACGCUAACUUUUGGCACAGCAGUACUGGCAACGUCUUCAGCAUCUCUCAUUCCUGCUGUACUUCACCUCUCCACCCUUCUUGUCUACAGUCCCCUGCUCGUGAAUUGUCCGGAUGCGGGCAAGCAGGCCUCACUCUUGUGGAUUAAUCUGUCUGUGGCCAAAUUCAUCGUUUUGCUCGCACCGGCCAUUCAUGCCCUUUCCUCCCCCGUUUCUUCUCUUGCCCUCCUCUUCCUGGGAGGGUUAAUCACCUCUGCCAUAACUCUGGCUACUCUGUACAUUCACACCAAACUCAGAUCACGGCUGCCACCAGCAUGGUCCCAGAUCAUGUUGUUUCCGGCAUUAUGGGCAGCUGUAUGGUGGGGAGUAUCUUCUGUCAGUCCGAUCGGACGCCUCACCGCGUGGGCCCCGGUUGUUGACACCAUGGGGUACAGUUGGAUGUUGAAAUGGGCAGGGCCGGUAAUGGAUGAUUGGAUUGCCGCAGCUUGGGCGGUCGUCAUCUCAGAAAUUGCUGGAGCGUGGCUUAUGAGCUCAAAGUCCCUUGGGGAAGAGGAACCGUUACUUGGGAAUCGCGGUCCGAAUUCAGAAGAUGAAGCAGCAGCACCUUCUAUGCCUUCGUGGCGUUGUGUUGUAUGUCUGACAACCUUCCUGGCCACUUUGACGAUACCCUCGUUUAUUAUCUCUGACGUUGCGCUUCCUGUCUACUCUUCAGAUACCACGCCGUUCAGCGUGGGUUGUAUUCUUCCGAAGCAGCGCAGUCGCCAGUUGAGAUUUGAGGAUUAUUUGCAGGAGACAAGGAAGCUUGAUGGGAAGGCUCAAGUCUUGCUGUGGCCUGAAGGGGCAGUCACCUUUCGGGACGAAUCUGAGCGGGCUGCAGCUUUAGCCGAAGUACAGGAGACGAUCCGGGGUUCCCAUGUGGGAGUCUCCUUUGAAGAGUCUGUUAGUGACCCUUCCGAUGUCACUGGUCGGAGCCUUUUGAGACGAAAUGGCAUGGUUGUCGUCUCCAACAAGUCUUCCUCGCCUCAUUUGGAAUACUACAAACGACACCUUGUCCCCGUCGCCGAAUCGUUUUCUUUGGUACAUUCUACUACACCCGCGACCAUUUAUACCAUGGACAUGAAGAGUCCAUCGGACGUGGGCAAGCCGGAUUGGGCACCUCCUCCCGAGUUUACGAGACCCGUUCCGAUGACGGCUUCCAUUUGCCUCGACUUUGCCAUCCCCGGGACUUUGGCUGCGCUUGAUACUAGACCCGCGAUUAUACUAGCUCCUGCCAGAACAUGGGAGCCUACAGUAGGUCUGGCCAUGUGGGAACAAGCAAAACGGCGUGCGGCUGAACUAGACAGCACGAUUUUAUGGUGCGAUGGAGGUCAUGGCGGAGUAAGUGGCGUAUCGGGUAGGGGAAUAACGGAAGUUACACAAGUUGGGGAAGGGUCCUGGGUGCGUAGCGUUGGCGUUGAGUACCCUUUUAACAGCGGACGCACGGUGUAUGGCGUUAUGGGGGACUAUGGUGCGAUGGCUUUCAUUGGAAUCGUGUUUGUAGGUGGGUUUACUACGGUUAUUCCCUGGCCAGACUUGGGAAACCUUCGUGUUGAUUGGGUGAAAGAGAGAUUUGCUCAUUUCCGUGAGAUGGUGAGGGGAAGGAAGGAGACGCCGAAUCUUGUUGACUUGUAGAAACCUGUAUUGUCGUCAUUCAUUCAUUUCCUGUAAGUAAUCUGAGAGAGUAAAGAACUAGCAAGUACGGUAUCCGUUCCGCGUGUCAUGAUCGACAGCCUGAGCGGCCACGAGGCAGCAAACGGCCAAUUACGAUUUUUUCAGUUAUCGACAAUUCGCCGCCUGUUCUGCACGAGUCUGAGUCUCAAGAACAAGUCAAAAGUCGAGAUUUGCUAGACGCCCUCGCGGCUCUUUGCGAAACUCACUCCGGAGCAGUCGGCCGGAUCGCAUACAGCCCGCUGCUGGCACCGACGACGACGACGCAGCCAGCAGUUUCUUCGUCGUGACUGCCGCCGA